AUGUGCACCCAAUUCUACCGCCGCUACUCCUGCGGCGACAAACGCAAAGAAGACUUUCGCCAGUGCGAAAAACGUCGCGGUACAAACGUCCGCUGCGAACCCAUCGAAUCGAAAUUCUAUGAAGAAGCCGCACACUAUUGUAUCGAGCAUAUGAUUACGGAUCCGAGUGUGGGCAUGAAGAGGGUUGUUGGUGUGAGGAAGGAAAAGAGUUAG